AUGGCGCUGGCUAUUCCUCCUGGUGCUCGCGGGGCCGACCUGCCGGAGAAUAGCAUGGCCUCUGGCAUACUACCGGCCCAGCAGCUGCCCGUCAGCAAGGACAAGACUACUACUACAACAACCACUACUACUACCACUACUACACCAGCCGCUGCGCCGCAGAAGCCCUCCAGGCAGACAUCGCGCCCAGGCAGCCAGAGCGCAGGGGAGGAGAGCCAGGGACAUAUAAACGGCUGCGAGGACCUCGCCCGCGAGAAGAACAACGCUCCCAGACCCAAACCGCUCUCUACCAUGGCCGCCGGCAGACCAGUUUCGCCUCUGCCCCUGGGCUCGCUCAGUCCCAACCGGGCCUCAGUCUCCCCCCAUCGCGCACGACAUGCUGCCUACAUGACUCCCACCUCGCCCAGCAGACAGCUCAGUCCGCACUCCCAGAUGCACUCGCCCGCGUCUUCCCAGAUCUUCGAGCGAGACGUCCAGGAGGACUUCCCCGUCCAGUCCUCGCCCUCUAUUCCCUCCCACAUCGUCACCGAGAACCACAUCCCGCCCAUCCUCGGGGCCUCCUCUGCGGCCCUGACUGACCAGAGCCUCGACCCGGACUCGGUUGAGAUCGUGACCCAUACGCUGCACCAGCCGGCCUCCUUUGCUGUUGCUGGAUCGACGACCGCUCAUCCAGCGGCAGCCUCUCACGGUGAACGCUCUAUCGCCUCCUCUUUCCAUGAACAUGCCUACCCACAGAGUCCCUGCGACCCAGAAACUGCCUCGACUUACGGUGGCCUCGACUCGGCGGAUAUCAGGCGUCUCAGCUUUGUCUCCUUUGCUGACCUCGUCCAUGGCGAACAAGUGGAGUCCUACGAACAUGCCUCCAACCGAGACUCCCAGAUCAUGGGCGGGCUUGCUGCUCUUGCCAACGCGCCAGCCAUGAACAACCCCAGCACACACAACAGAAACAACAGGUCGCCUUCGCCCAUGCGCUCGCCCAUCUCCUCCCAUGGACCAGGAAGCUCGCCACCCACCAGUGUCUCGCCCGGCGAGCCCAGAUGUCUUGAUUCCUCACCCAGCCGUGGAGCUCGCGUACCGCGCAGCCCACCACCUUGUCCCCAUAGCCCGUCCGCCGUGCUCAGCAGUGACCUGAACGUCGAGACCAUGAGACAGGCCCUGCGCCGCACCGGGAGCGGAGAUCUAGGCGGUUCCCUCAGAAACCCUCCCUUGAGCGCAGCUGCAAGUGAUACGGCCUAUGAACGACCCUUUAAGUGA